AUCCGUAACAAAAGCUAAUGCUUAGUUAUAUUUCGUUUAAUUGACUAACUUAGCGUAUUAUAUUAAUCCAAAACAAUUGACUAUGAGAGGUUGUGUUUCAACUACAACUGAGUGCACUGCACUUCCCAAAGGAUGGAAAAGGGAAGAAAUAAUUAGACGAAGUGGUCUGUCGUCUGGAAAGAUUGAUGUAUUUUAUUACAGUCCUUCAGGUAAAAGAUUUCGCAGUAAACCACAACUGGCUCGUUUCUUGGGAGAUGCUGUCGAUCUAAGCACGUUCGAUUAUCGGACCGGCAAAAUCAAUUCUUUGCUGCUGAGGAAAAGCAAGCGUCAAAGAGGGACCCAAUUCGAUUACAACAGAGGCAUACGUAACGACGCUUCACUAGUGCCGCCCAUUCGACAAACUGCUUCGAUUUUUAAACAACCAGUUACUGUUGUUCGUUGUGCUGAGAGCAAAGUACGAACUGACUUCAAGCAUGGUCCUCAAGACAAGCCAAAACAACUAUUUUGGGAAAAAAGAUUACAAGGCCUGAGAGCAUCUGACAUGGAUGAAGAAGCCUUUACGAAUUUUGAACUCCCAAAAAAUAUGAAAGGAAUUGGACCAGAUCUGUCUGAAGAAACAUUGCUAAGAAGCAUUGCUACAGCUUUACAUGUUAGUGGACAACCUAUUGUUGGCCAGACUAAUUCCCGAAUUGCUCUAGAUAAAAAUCCCAGUGUAUAUAUAAAUCCGGAACAACCAUUAGUACAGGCCAUUGUCGUCAAUGAAGAGGAUAUAAAAAGGCAAGAAGAAAAAGUUCAACAUGCUAGAAAAAAACUUCAAGAAUGUUUAAAAGAAUUGUAUCUAUAAUAGCGUGAAAACACAAUGAACAAGAAAUGCUGAUUUCUUUAGUAUCAUCUGAAAAGACAAAUGGCAUUUUUUAUGGCAUUUAUGGUGUAAAAUGUUUUUACUUUGAUUUCAUCACUCAUCAUUUUGGUUUUCAGUCUCAUUUAUUUAUAUGGUAGAUAACAAUAACUGGGACAAGAUAAUUAAAUGUUAAACAAUUUAUUUUGAAUUUCAAUUUUCUCAUAAGUUUUGGUGACCCCACAAACAUGAAUUUGCUUCACUGCCUAAUUGUUUUUAUAACUAUCUUUAUUUUGUUCUUUUUGUGCUGAAAGAAAAGACUAAUAGAAGUUAUGUAAACUAAAAACUGCAAACAAUGAACUUUCAAUAUUUAAAGACUAUUUCCUUGGAAAACACUUUAAAAAAAAUUUUGUGUUUACUUUUUGAAAAAUAUGGAUAUAAAAUUCUAGAGACAAAAUACAACUUAAGUUGUGUUUUAGAAUGUGUUCCGAAAUUGCAAUAUUGCAAAAAAUGUUUAAAGGUAUUUAUUACUGCAAUAAUACUUUUAUUGAAAAAACCUUGUUUUGAAAUCAGAUAAUUAAGCACCAAUGUCCCAUCUAAAAUUAAUUUUAAUGUGUGCUACUUUGCACCGAAAAGUUAGUAUUAGUAAGUUUUUGAGCAUGCUGCAGCAAUACUGAAAAAUUAGGUAAUGGAUAGUGACGUGGUUGUUGAAAACAAGCCAUAUUGUUAACAGCGUGAAAGUUCUAAGGAAUUUGGUAACACAACAAAUCGCAUUCGUAAUUAGUUGUGUAAUUUUUUAGUAUUUUGGUGCAAUACUAUUUAUUCUUUCUUUAGUGUGGGAUAAUAGGAGGAUGAUGAAUUAUAAAGAACUUUUUACUUAUACUUGGCUCUGUCACUGUACAGCUCAUUAAAGUGCCACUUGGCACACAAUUUUUAUGGUUGCAAAAUUGUUUUCCUGAAACAUAUGCCGUUUACUUGCCAUGCCAAUUGCUUGCUGUAAUCAACUUUAUGUAUUUGCUGAUAAAAAUUUUAACAAUUUUCUAAAAUGUUAAUUUGGAAUUGAUUUACAAGAAAAAUUAAUAUCCACUUUUUCCCUGUUCUACUGAAAUUCAUAAGACCAAACUUGUCAGGGUGAGCUUAUUAUAAGCCCUGAAAAAAAUUGUUAUUCUAUUUUCACCCUGAAAGCUUUGUGGAUAAAAAUUGUAAAUUUUUGUACUAUUGCUGUUGUUUAGAAGUCAGUUCGCCGUUUUCUUUACAGUUUUGAGGGUGGCUUCAAAUGCUACUAUACACAUGCAUAUGUAAAUAAAACAUAUUGCACCAAACUGAAUCUGAAUAUAGUGUCAAAAUUUUACUCUGUGUUGGGUAACAGCUAUCAUUAAUUUUAAACUAUCUUUUUUUUAAACUUUGAAUAAAUGUGAAGGAUUGUUUUCUAUAGUGUAAAUAUGUAUGUAUGUAUGUAUGAAUGAUCUGCAUUUAUGUAUAUUCUUUUUUUCUAAAGUGUUUCCAUCAUUAAUGUAUUUGUAUAAUAAUGAUUGAGGGUGUUACUGAGUAAGCAAUAUUAAAGUAGAUUAUGUGUGUUAUUAUAUGUAACUUUACAAAUUUCAUUCUGCAUGUGUGUUUUUCUUAAAACGUAUGUUCUGCAAAAUUGUCUUUCAUGAAUGUGUAAUUAGUUUGA